AUGGAGACAAAUCAAGAAAUCAUACUUCUUAAAGAGUCUUUUUUAGAAUUUAUCAGCAAAGUGUUACCAAUUUUACCAGGAUAGGUAUUGGAAUUAUUUAACUCUAAAUGGAUUCCCUUAAAAAAAUUACUAUCUGAUCCAUAGAAAAAUGCUAGUGAGAUAUUCAUUCUAGUUUCAUCAAUGUCUUAGCUUAAAAAAAGCAAUUCUUCUUUUAUUUCAACCAAUUCCCCAAAUUCUGAUUGUAGCAUCUAAAAUAAAUAGAUAGUAGUUGGUUAGUCAGUCAAGAGCAAAGAAUUAAUAGAUUUAAAAAAAGAAAUAACAAAAGUAAAAGAAUAAGCAAAUCCUUUGUAUUAUAAGGAAUUAAAAAUUGGUAUUAAUAUCUUAUAGAGUCAACAUUAGAAAUAAACAAGAACUUUUUCCUCAACACACCAAGAGCAAGACCAACUUCUUAAUAGGAUUUAGAAUGCACUAGCAAUAUAUAAGGAUAUGAAGAAGAUAUUAAAGCAAAAAUUCUUAGAGAUGAUAUCAAAUGUAAAUUGUUAGUUUAUUAUCUUUCAAUUUAGUUUUGAAUGAAUUAAGAAAUGCUACACCUGAAAAGAGAAUUCCAGUAAGUAUUACCUUAAAUCUGGACUCUAAGAUUUAAAAUGCUAUUUUAUAAUUUAAGAAAAAUAAUUCAAUUCUAAAGACUGUUCACGAAAGAAGCUCAGAAGUUACAACACCUUAGAGUCCAAAAAAUAUUAAUUAUGAAUCCCCUCUAAUUUAUUUACAGAAACCUAUGUAUUAAUACAUUCAAAAUCCAAUCAUAAAAGAAUAAAUAAAUAAUGGAGGAUUAAAAGGAUAUAGCAUUUAUUCAAAAAAUGGUAUUGUUUAACCUAUUUAAUUUGAUAAUCAAUUUCAAAUGAUAGUGCAGCAAUAUAAAAAUAAUUUCAUCUAUAAAAAGUUAUAUUUUUGA